AAUAGAAGGAGGAGGAGGAGGUGCAGAAAGCAGAGAAAGAAAUAAGAAUGGCGGAACCGAAGGAAAUAUGGUCUGCUCCUGUAACGCCAAGAAGAGCUUCAGUCAUGGGGACACCUACUGUGUCAUCUCCUCCACCCGUGUCCUGUCCUCCGUCUCAGUUUCACUCUCCUUCUCUCUCGAGGUCUCCUCUUCUUCAUCCUCAGAACGGAGAAGAAGCGCCUUCUCAUCCACAUGCACGUCAUCAUCCCGUGAGUAAGACCCCUAAAACUCCCGGAACUCCCGGAACUCCCAGAACCCCGAGGCUGUCCGUGUCCAAUCUCACGCCAAGGUUUAUCACUCCUCUGGCUAGCCCCAUGAGGAAGGCCUUGAGGUUCACCAAGCUUGAUCCUCAGGACGCAUGGCUUCCAAUCACACAGUCCAGAAAUGGCAACAAGUUUUACGCUGCGUUUCACACUCUCUGCUCCGGGAUUGGUAUUCAGGCGCUGGUUCUGCCCGUGGCUUUCACUAUUCUCGGUUGGACCGGAGGAAUAAUAAGCCUCACGGUGGCGUUCGUAUGGCAGCUUUACACGCUGUGGCUCCUGGUUCAUCUUCAUGAAUCUGUGGAGCAAGGAGUUCGUUACAGUCGCUACCUUCAACUCGUCUUCGCCACCUUUGGUGAGAGACUGGGGAAAUUGAUGGCGUUGUUUCCGAUAAUGUACCUAUCGGCGGGCACGUGUACGACUCUGAUCAUCAUAGGAGGAUCAACGGCCAGGACGUUCUAUCAGGUGGUGUGUGGGGCCCAUUGCACGGCCAGCCCAAUGACCACAGUGGAAUGGUAUCUUGUCUUUACCUGUGCUGCGGUGGUGCUCUCUCAGUUGCCAAACUUGAAUUCCAUCGCCGGCGUCUCUCUCAUCGGCGCCGUCACAGCCGUCGGGUACUGUACCUCCAUCUGGGCCGUCUCCGUCUCCAAGGGUAGCCUUCAUGGUGUGUCUUAUGAUCCUGUGAGGACGGGGAAUGAUGUUGAGGAUGCUUUUAGUGUCCUCAGUGCCCUCGGAAUCGUCGCCUUCGCUUUCAGAGGCCAUAAUCUUAUCCUUGAAAUUCAGGCUACAAUGCCCUCAAGCGAGAAACAUCCUUCUCAUGUGCCCAUGUGGAACGGAGUGAAGGGUGCUUACACCAUCAUAGCCGCAUGCCUCUUCCCCUUGGCCAUUGGUGGCUAUUGGGCCUAUGGUCAUCAGAUUCCAGCAAAUGGAGGAAUGCUGACAGCUCUAUACCAAUUCCAUUCCCAAGACGUGUCAAGAUUUGUGCUGGGGUUGACCAGUUUAUUUGUGGUGGUGAAUGGGCUGUGCUCAUUCCAAAUCUAUGGCAUGCCAGUUUUUGACGACAUGGAAUCACAGUACACAAGAAGAAUGAAGAAGCCAUGCCCGUGGUGGCUCCGGUCAGUUUUCAGGGUGUUUUUUGGGUUCCUGUGUUUCUUUAUAGGGGUGGCGAUUCCAUUUUUGUCAAGCUUGGCAGGUCUGGUCGGAGGAGUGGCUCUGCCUGUGACAUUGGCUUACCCAUGCUUCAUGUGGCUCAAGCAUAAGAAACCAAAGAAGUAUAGUGUGAUGUGGUGUCUCAAUUGGUUCUUGGGAACAUUGGGGAUGGCUCUCAGUGGCAUUUUGAUUGCUGCUAGUAUUUAUGUUAUCAUAGAUACUGGAAUUCACGUGAGCUUUUUCAAUCCGAAAUAAUCUUGAUGGAAGAAAAUGUACUCGAAGGGAAUGAUAUAGAGGAAAUUAGAAAGUGGAAUAUAAUGGUGAGUUUUUUUUUUUUUUAACUUUUUAAAGGUUCUAAUGUCAAUCUUAGUUUUAGUUGUAUGCUGAUUUGUCAAAAGGGAGACAGAGUGUAUAAAGAAGUUUUAUUUUAACCCAGUGUAAAAUAUUUAAGCAUAA